GCCAAAGGCCCCCUCCUCACACCUCAGGCUGGCUUUGGCCUCUCCUUGUCCAACUGUCCUUCUUACAUCACUUCCUCUCUGAGAGCGGUUUCUAUUUCCUUUUCCUGUGGGCUGGUCUCCAUGAUAACAGCACCUCUUCUCUUUGGGCCUGACUCUGUCCACUGAGCCAACCAGCUCUUUCCUCAGUUAAGUUACUGAAAGGGGUUAAGAAUUCUCUUUUAUACCCCUGAGGGCAGGCCUGGCCCUGGGUGACUCCUUUGGCCCCUCACCCUGGGGAGAUCCCUGUGGGAUAGCCUCAGUCAGACCUGGGAAGAGAAGGGAAAACCUCUGCCCUCUGGGUCCCUUCUCCUUCCUCAGCUCAGGGUACAGAGGCCCAGGGCCUGGUCCAAGGAGAGAUGGGGCUGAGCCAGAUCCUGAGGUGGGAGGGAGAUCAGGGCAGCUUUCUUCUCAAGUUUCACCAAGAGCCAUUGGCCCAGAGAGUGAGCCCAAAGGCAGAGAGCAAGAUGGGCUUUUCUACACUGGGGGAAGGAGGGGAGGGGGUUCCCCGGGGGCUCCAGGCCAGCUCCUGCUGCUCAGAAGGGCAGAGAAGUCAGACAUUCCCUGGGCUGAGGGAGGCCUGUCAGGAAGAGCUUUGGCUGGAGCCCCAUUCUGGGGUCAUAAAAUGGGAGGAAGGUUUGGGGGGAGGCAGAACCCUGAGUGGAGAGACAAGGCUGGGAAAAGAUGGAGGAGCUUCAGCAGAUGGACUCACUGGGGCUACUUUGCUGCCUCUGUAGGAAGCCUGGGGUCCCAGGGAUGGCCUUGGAGAGAGGCAGAUUCCGAGCCCAGGAGGUGGUGAUGUUUCCAGAUGUGGUUGUGGACUUCACCUGGGAGGAGUGGCGCCUCUUGUCGCCUCCCCAGAAGGAGCUGUACAAGGAGGUGAUGCUGGAGAAUGCCCAGAACCUGCUCUCUGUAGGGCUUCCAGCUCCCCCAGAAGAUGUGCUAUUUUAUUUGGAGCAGAGGGAAGGUCUAUGGAUACUGGAGCAAGAAGGCCUGAGAAGCUGCUGCCCAGGAGAGAUCAGACCAGAAAUGAAGUCAACUCCCACAGUGAUGAGCCCUUCUGUGGAAGAAUCAGACCAGCAAAGACUCAUGAGUAAUAUUCCAAAUAACUUAGCUUGGAGGGAAUUCUGUUUUGAAUCUCAGCAUUCAUCCCAUACUGAACAUCAAAAUAUGAACUCUGAGGAAAAGUCUGGUAAAUUGAAGGAAUGUGGAAAGAUAUUCAGAAAGAGACACAAACUUGCUAUACAUGAGAGAAUCCACACUGGUGAGAAACCUUGUGAAUGCAAGCAAUAUGGAAAGACAUUCAAUUGGAACUCCCUUCUUGCUGUACAUAAGGAAAUCCACACUGAGAAGAAACCUUAUGAAUGCAUGGAAUGUGGAAAGACAUUCAGUCGCAGGUCUGCUCUUGCUGUACAUGAGAGAAUCCACACUGGGGAGAAACCUUAUGAAUGCAAGCAAUGUGGAAAGACAUUCAAUUGCAGGUCUACUCUUACUGUACAUGAGAGAAUCCACACUGGGGAGAAACCUUAUGAAUGCAAGCAAUGUGGAAAGUCAUUCACAUGGAGCUCCAGUCUUGCUUAUCAUCAGAGAAUCCACACUGGGGAGAAACCUUAUGAAUGCAAGCAAUGUGGAAAGACAUUCAGUUGCAGAUCUGCUCUUACUGUACAUGAGAGAAUCCACAUUAGGGAGAAACCUUAUGAAUGCAAACAAUGUGGAAAGACAUUCAGUUGCAGAUCUGCUCUUACUGUGCAUGAGAGAAUCCACACUGGGGAGAAACCUUAUGAAUGCAAGCAAUGUGGAAAAACAUUCAGAGAGAGAUCCUCUCUUGCUAUACAUGAGAGAAUCCACACUGAGGAGAAACCUUAUGAAUGCAAGCAAUGUGGAAAGACAUUCAGUUGCAGAUCUGCUCUUACUGUACAUGAGAGAAUCCACACUGGGGAGAAACCUUAUGAAUGCAAGCAAUGUGGAAAAACAUUCAGUUGCAGAUCUGCUCUUACUGUACAUGAGAGAAUCCACACUGGGGAGAAACCUUAUGAAUGUGAGCAAUGUGGAAAGACAUUCAGAGAGAGAUCCUCUCUUGCUGUGCAUGAGAGAAUCCACACUGGAGAGAAACCUUAUGAAUGCAAGCAAUGUGGAAAGACAUUCAUUUGGAACUCCCUUCUUGCUGUACAUGAGAGAAUCCACACUGGGGAGAAACCUUAUGAAUGUAAGCAAUGUGGAAAGACAUUCAAUUGCAGGUCUACUCUUACUGUACAUGAGAGAAUCCACACUGGGGAGAAACCUUAUGAAUGCAAGCAAUGUGGAAAGACAUUCACAUGGAGCUCCAGUCUUGCUUAUCAUCAGAGAAUCCACACUGAUGAGAAACCUUAUGAGUACAUGCAAUGUGGAAAGACAUUAGAAUACAGUUCCAAAUUUUGUUCAGCAUAAGAAAAUCCAUAAUAUUUAGAGACCUUAUGAAUACAAGCAAUGUGGAAAGAUGUUUAGUCUGAGAUCCUAUCUUGUACAUCAGAGAAUCCUCACUGGGGAGAAACUGUUUGAAUGCAAUCAAUGUGAAAAGACUUUCACAUGGAACUCCAUCUUGCUGUACAUCAGAGAAACCUCAGACUUUCAUACAGUCUAACCUUGCUCUAGAUCAAUUUACUCUUAUAUCACAUAAGUUAUACUAAGAUUUCAUGCAAAUGUGAAUAUGAUUUAGACCUAAGGUAUGAUGCCAUGAGCAAAUUAAGGGAACAUAUAAUAGCUUGCCUUUUAGAUCAAUUUAUUGAUGAGUGGAGAAUUUAUAACCAUGUGAGAAAUAGAUAACAUGAGCUGCAUCCUACCUUAAAUCCCAAACUGUACAAUCAAAACCAAUACAAUCAAGGUUAAGAGCAGAAACAAGAAGUUGUCAAUUACUCUAAAACAAGAUAUCCAAUUUUGUGAAGGAAACCCUCUUCCAGGAUCAUACAGGGUCUUAUCUGCAUGCCCAUGAUCCUGAGUUUGAACAGGACAUAAUUGAAGGGAACCAUGAAGGGAGAGGGAGGAAAAAAGGUUGAAGACCAGGAAGUAGGGUCUCUUUCUGGAGGAACCAGCAAAGAAGGAGACUGAGGGAGCCAUGUUGACAGCACUCACAUGUCUAAAAGGCUUUUCUGUUUAAUUCUAUGAUUCUGUUUAAUUAAUUCUGAUAAAGUUCAUGAAAAAUGACCAUAGUCCUUGUUUUAGUUUUUUACAUUAUGGAGACCACUAUGGAGAGGAGGCUCACGUCUCCUCUUUAAACUUUUCAGAGGAUAUUAAAAUAGACAAUAGGGCAGAUGAGCUCAGGGUACCAGCCACCACCCAUUAUUUGCCUCCCACUCAACCAGAGAAGCCUACAGUUUCCCCAGAUCUCAGGCUUGGUCAGAUAAAAUCUUUUGCUUCUCUAAAGGGGAUAGUACUUCUUGGAGCCAGUUUGAAGCCCCUCUGUGUUCCCAGCUUUAGCUUAGGUGGGGGUGGGAUGUUAGAGGGAAUAGCAGGCAAGAUUUCCCCCCUGGUACCAGCAUCUCAGUGCAGUCACAGCCAGUGUGCCCAUUGCAGUACUGCUCUCAAGUGCCCCAACUCCCAGCUUUACAGCAGGGUGCUCCACAGGUCUGGAACCUAAUUCAGCCUCUUCCUAAGGUACCUCCCUAUGGAGCAUCUCAAGGGGCAAAAUCCCAGCAAGGGUCCCUGGUCCCCACCCACACUAUCCACCACCCUGCACUGGCAGCUUCCAAGUCCUGCAACAAUCAGUAAGCCCAGACAACACACCUGACUAGCUCGGGGUGGGGGGGGGGAUUCUAUGCUCCCAGCUUUGAGGGUGGGGACUGGAACUUCAGCCAGAACCAGAAAUCCCUCAACAUCCCCUGGACUCUGAUGUCAGACCUCUCUAGAUCAGAGCAGGGUAUAGAGGCUCCCUGCUCCUAGGUGUGGCUAAAGGCUCAUAGCAUUCAUUGCAUGCCAGGGCAACACCACUAACAGAGCAAAAAACU